AAACUACUGAAAUCGGUUCUAGAAGUAGUACUUGUAAACUUUUACUGAUUGAAAAUGUUGUUUGCUCCGUUAUUUGCUUGUGGUUUUGCGGAGGCAGCGAUGAGUUCUGCCAGUGUACGCCAGAAUGUCGCUCCCAAAUCGAGAUCAGCACUCUCAUCCGGUGCGAGAACAUCUUCACAACUCACACAAACUACUAGUGGGGAAUCUUCACAGCUCACUGGUAGUGGGGAGGGAGCUUCUCCACAAAUUGCUAGUGGGGAGUUAAGGCUUGGAAGUUGGCCAAUCACUAUCUAGGAGCAUGAUGUCUAUGACCCUUUCAAAGGGAAAAAGGAUAGAUAUGCGAGGUAGAUCGGGCAACUUUCAGCCUCUAAUAGAGGAGGGAGAUCAGAUGAAUGUUUCCACCUUAUCAUCUCCAGUAACUAUUAGCGAGGCCGUUGAAGUAGAAAAUGUUGAACCUCCUCCCAAGCCAGAAGAAGAAGCUGAUGCUGUAGAUCCAACACAAGGGGUUUUCUCUUUAUCAGCAGGGUUAUCAAGAUGAAGCGGACCCUUCUUGGAAAGUAAAUAUUGUCAAACGCGGCACUUCGCUAAUUCCCAUUCAACAACAACAACCUCAAACAGAAAAUUCCGC